AUGUCUCGUCUCUUCCUCCAGCUCACUCUUCUCAUCACCAUCCUCUUGUCCACCGCGCUGACGGCCAAGGCGAUGGCGCAGCCGGCCCCGACACCACCACCGCGGCUCGCCGGGGCGGUGGCAGCGCGCCAGCUCACGGUGAGCGAGUCGCCGUUCCCGGGCAUCUCCGUCGACCUCCCCACGACCAUCCCCCGCGCACCGGGAGGGAACACGACGCUGACGGUGACGCCCUCGAGCACGUCCGACCCGAACGGGGCCGCGGUGGCUCUCGGGAAGGGCUCGUUUGGCGCCGCUGUCUACGGGGCGCUCGUCGCUGUCGUUCUGGUCGUCGUGCGUUAG